UUGAAAACUAUUUAACUCCUUUGUAGUAUACGUUUAUGUUUAAAUACCCACUAAGAGGAGAGGGGGGAAAGGAAGGUGCGAAGAAGGAUUUUUGCAGUGAUGGAGGCCCGGCAGCAGAUAUCCAAGUCUAGGGUUUUGAAGGUGGAAUCCGGGGAGUCAUGGGAGUCCUUCAUGGCUCAGGCCAAGAGUCAGGGUUCCCCUGUUUUUGUUCAUUUCAGUGCUUCAUGGUGCGUUCCAUCUCUUGCCAUGAACUCCUAUGUGGAAGAGCUGGCCAUGAAUUAUCAGGAUAUACUUUUUCUGCUUGUAGAUGUGGAUGAAGUCAAG